AUGUCUUCAAACACGAGCAAGGAGGCCAUGGCUGACAAAACUCAAGCAGAAGCAAACACAAGCACCAACAUCGCUGAAGGUCAGGAGAUUACGAUCGACAAUCCCAAUAUCUCUGAAGAGCAAGACGUCGAAGAUCAAAAGGCCGCCAUUAUCGGAAGCAGGACCGCCGCGAUCGGCCGCGCCAUUCAAGACAUCGGCGCGAUUCAAGACACUGCCACGACUCAAGACACUGCCACGACUCAAGACACUGGCGCGACGCAAGGAACCGGGGCCGUUGUCGAAAGCGGCACGACUCAAGAUACCGCGACCGUCGUCGGCAGCAGCAGCAACAUCGUCGCCGGCAACGAAGCACCUCCCCAAGAUGCCAACGCGAUCGCAGACAGCCUUACCGGAACUCCUGCAAAGACAGUGAACAAACGCCCCAAGACGCCCGAGGAGAAGAAGCAGUGGCACGAUCGCCGCAAAGAACUCUCAAAAGCCAACGCCGACAAGAAGAAGAAUAAGGACAUCGUCACGGUAGCCAUGCAAAACGCAUUCGCCGACCUCACUGCUCUGCGCGUGCAGGAGCCACUCGCGAAGGUGAUGGACUUUGCGAGGGCGCACUUGGCGCUGGUCGAGGGGGUGGAGGCUGUGGUGGAGAAGUUGGAGACGCUGGAGGUGGAAUGGAAGGCGGCGAAUGAAGGAAAGUUCUGUGAGCUGGUGGCUUUGCUGGAGAGGAGUGGUGUGAUUCCCCUUGGGAGUGGUGAUCUCUGA